UGCUGCUUGCAUGUAGACGCAGCCAAUCUCGUCCCAGUGACGCGCGUCUUGAGAAGGGCUUCAUCGUGAUAUUUAACACACCCACCCCGAAAGAGCACUAGUGCGACUCGGCUGUGCGAGGACUGACCUCGGGACAGGAGUGCGUGGAUAUAUCGACACCUGUCACGGCGCUCUUUCGGGGUUUCGCAGGCGCACGACGGUGCAACGGCGUUCCGAUCGAGGCGGAAACGUAAUUACAUUCUUGUCCAUAUUCACAAAGAUUUCCCACGCCAUUAUCUCUUAUCGGACGACUUUUUCUUGUGUUUUUUUUUAACCCCUCUGUACUGGGACUUGAUUCUUUUGCCUUAGCGCAGUUAUUUACUUGGACAUUGGCGGUACCGAGUGCAUCCGCGGCUUUUACCGCUCAGCGAGGAACUGGGCUGCACUGAUCCAGUUUCGGUGUGAGCUGGGCUGUGCACGGGUGUGAGAUGGCACGCGGCGACGGGUCCGCAGCCCACUGCCUCUGAUUUCGGCGAGCACCCUGCGCGUGAGACGUGGCUUCCAAGCGCGCCGCGCGCGACAAUGCCGACAGGGAAUAUUUCUUAAGUGAUCAUUCCUUCUAUACUAGACGUGCAUGCGAAGGAGGAAUUCUGGUCGUAUCAGAGCAUGCCCUAACACUGCGUGGAUUACGCUUGAAAUGAAAACGCCACAUGGUGUUUUUUUUAUUCAACAUCUUUAAAACGUUGAUAGUAAUGUGGUGCUCAGACGGGCAGCAACCCACGAAAUAAACCACACCAGCUUCUGUUUAGGAUGAUGAAGAUGAUACUCUUCCGUAAAUUCCGAGUGUUGAUUCUCAUGGUCUUUCUUAUAGCGUGCACCAUGCACAUCAUGAUAGACCUGUUACCGAAACUAGAGAAGCGAGCGGCCGGCUCGAACUCCGGCGGUGGAGACUGUACCUGCGCCAAUAGCCCGAGCGAAGAGCCGCGCAACUGGGCGAAACAACGCGCAAGAUCCGCCGCGGAUCCCGGGUGGCCUAACAAGCACACUUUGCGAAUACUGCAAGAUUUCAGCAACGAGCCAAAUUCCAAUCUCACCUCUCAGUCUUUGGAGAAGGUCCCGGUCAACGGGGACAAAGCGGAGCCUUUCAAAAGAGUAAAAGCUGUCGCACCGGGUCCUGAGAGCCAGCGAAACCUGAUCAAGGACGCGAGCGGCGGGAAGCAGCCUGCGCAGGGUGCCGGGAGACUUUCCGCUCUGUAUGAGCACCCCCUUUACAAGACUGAGCUGCCGCCGCUCACAGACGAUGACACGUUGUUUAACGUCAAUGCCGACAUAAGAUUUUAUCCGAAAACUGCAGGGAAUCAAGAAUGGCACAAUGACGGGAACGAAGAGGAGGAAGAGGCAUAUAGCCCGACAAGGGAAGUGGCUGCAGAAUCGUACCCCAACUGGUUGCGCUUCCACCUGGGCGUCAGCCGCUAUGAGCUCUACUCUCGACACAGCCCCGUGGUGGAGGCUCUGCUCAAGAACCUGCAGACCCAGCGAAUCACCAGCGUAGCUAUGAAGUCUGGUGGUACUCAGCUAAAACUCAUCAUGACAUUCCAGAACUAUGGACAAGCCCUCUUCAAGCCAAUGAAGCAAACCAGGGAGCAGGAGACACCCCCAGAUUUCUUCUACUUCUCUGACUUCGAGAGGCACAACGCGGAGAUCGCCGCAUUUCACCUCGACAGAAUUCUAGAUUUCCGACGUGUCCCACCGGUGGCCGGCCGGCUGGUGAACAUGACGCGUGAGAUCCGGGACGUGACCCGCGACAAAAAGCUUUGGCGGACCUUUUUCAUCUCUCCAGCCAACAACGUCUGCUUCUACGGCGAGUGCUCGUACUACUGCUCCACCGAGCACGCUCUGUGCGGCAAGCCCGACCAGAUCGAGGGCUCGCUGGCGGCGUUCCUGCCCGACCUGUCCCUGGCCAAGCGCAAGACUUGGAGGAACCCCUGGCGCCGCUCCUACCACAAGCGCAAGAAAGCCGAGUGGGAAGUGGAUCCCGAUUACUGCGACGAAGUCAAGCAGACUCCACCGUACGACCAUGGCACGCGCCUUCUGGACAUCAUGGACAUGACCAUCUUUGACUUCCUCAUGGGUAACAUGGACCGUCACCACUAUGAGACUUUUGAGAAGUUUGGGAACGAGACGUUCAUCAUCCAUCUGGACAACGGCCGAGGGUUUGGAAAGCACUCCCAUGAUGAAAUGUCGAUCUUGGUGCCCUUGAGUCAAUGCUGCAGGGUGCGGAGGUCCACCUACCUGCGGCUGCAGCUCCUGGCCAAGGAGGAGUACCGUCUCAGCUCCCUGAUGGAGGAGUCCCUCGUGCGAGACCGCCUGGCGCCCGUCCUCAUUGGCCCACACCUGCAGGCGCUGGACCGCCGCCUGCGCCUGGUCCUCGACGUGCUGGCCGAGUGCGUGGACAAGGAGGGCCUCGCCACUGUAGUGGAGGACGACCUUGAGCCCCGGCCUGCCGGGCCCUUCCACCAGGUGCCUGGGGCCAGGUAGUGUUGCCCCGCAGCUGGAACCAGAGCGCCCCUCGCUCCGUCAGGCCUCACCGGCCGCGACCCCCACGUCAUGAGCCUCGGGAUGGCGCACUCCAGUCGCAGCUUUGAAUUCAGUGAAUUCCAAAUUAGCCGCCGAUGCGUCUGACCCCAGCGUCCUGCAUACGUGUGCGUGUUUAUGCCCAUGCCAGAAGAGUUUCUUCCAGAGGCCUCGGACCAGCAGCACUGCAUAAAAGAGAUCCAUUUACUUACCUUUUGGUGGCACCCAUGAGCAGCUAGGACCGCAUUUAUUUUGGUUUUCUUUUCUUGUUUUUUGUUGUUGUUGUUGUUUUGUUUUUGCCUUUGAAAGCCAAGGCUUGUACUUCAGCCAUGAUGGAAGACGCAGAACAUACUAUUUUGUUACAUCCCGCUGUUUCGUUAGAUGACCUGUCCCGCAGAAAGAAAAAAAAAUAUGAAUUUUGCAUAUUUAUAUUUUAAAGUCACAGAGUGACCAAACUGCACAGCGACUGUGCAGAUGAGAUGGUCCACGGCAGAUGCACAAAGACAAUAGAAAAGAGAGAUGAAUAGUUGAUGUACUACAGUUAACAGAACACUUACAGAUAUAUGUGUGGCUGCCGUUCGUUUCGUAUAUAUCCACCUGGUGCAGUGCUGCUUGCGUGCAGAAGGGCAUUUUCAAGCUUUAAGAGGGGCUCUGCAGUGCAAUGCUUCUCCCGCGAGGACUCUCACAACCCCUCUACGCUUCUGACCGGAAUUGCUUCUCCCAGCCUCCCCGCCCCUCGCCACCUUUCAGACUCAUUGCAAAUUUGGAUAUUGUGCGAUCCGACAUUAAGAGGGGUUUUUUUCCCUCUGUGUGGUGAACCUCACACUUCCUCUUUUAUUUAGAGUUAUUCAGCGUUGGAGUGCGCGCGUCGCUUCGGUUUAUUCAAAAGUGUAUCCUGGGUGGAUACUUCGUGCAGAAGUACAAAAUGACGCUGAUUAGUGCUUCUGGGGUCCCGGGGCGGUCCUGACUGCAGUCUUCGACCCCCUGCAGGACGCACGGGACUCCAGCGUCCUUCUCUUCGCCACACGCGCGCGCGAUCUGAUCCCGUCUCUGCGGCGGUGCUCGCGGCGGUGAGCGUGCGGUGCAGUCGCAGAGAGCGGAAGCAAGCGUCCCGGCGUACAGUAUGACCCAAGGAAACAGCCAGUAGUCCCUUUUUAUUGUAAUAUUGGCCGUUUUCAUGAUAUGGCGCCAAUCGUUUUGUCUACUCUUCGAUUCAGUUUGCCGUAUAGAAAUUAUUAAGCAGACACAGUUCUGCGCUAGAGUUUUUUACGAUUAAAAAUGUCUUUUUUUUCUCUCUGCUGGUACUGGAAAUUUUACGACUACACUACAUCCUACGUCAGUGCAGUCAUUAUAGUCCAAAAGCUCUCUUUACAGUUAUUUCUUUUCGUUCCGAAUCACGGAUUUUGGCUUGUGAAUCAUUUGGUAAACAAUGGCCAAAAAAGGCAAGAGAGUACCAUUACCAUAUCCACGGCAGCCGCUGCCUUCCGGUUCACAUAACCCACUUCACAUACAUACCAGCCUUUAUUUAAGAACAGACGUGUGCUUUUACGAUACGGUCCAGAGCAAGCUAUUGCAGAAAUACUCGUUGCAGUCGCGUGUUGUAUUUUGAUUAUUUAUUGACAUCUAAAGAAUAUACAUUAGUGCAAAUGUUCUUUGUUGCUUUUCCUUUUAUCGUUCUUCAUGGGCUCCGUUUUUAUGAGGUUAUCACUUUUAAUGAACACAUCCACAUUAUCUAAAACGGUAUCAUUUGGUCACGAAUCUACAAGACUGCGUACGAUGAGAACGGUGAAUUGGCGUACGCGAGCAUUUUCUGCGUAAACUCAGUGCCUGUGCAAUGCUAGAUACUUGAAUGUUUUUGGGACAAAUGAACCUUACGACCCUUCCGGACAAACAAUGAGCGUGAUUUCGCAACAGGGGAGACGCUGGGACCGUGGUGGACUUCAGGAUGUCAGGCUGGAUGGAAAGUCUCCCUGCUCGUUCCAUGUGUAUGUGUACAUAUCUAUAAUUACUAUACGUUCAACCCAAGAGGCUGUUGUUAACGGCCAAAAUGCUUCUGUCCUCGACCCCCUUAUGCAUUGUUACUGUGAAGACUUGUUUGCAAAAUGAUAAAGAUGUGCAAUAAAAGAAGCUUAAGCUGUU